AUGACGGAUCACUCGAAAUGGAAGUUCAAUCACACCAUGCUCCGGGUCAAAGACCCCCAGAAGUCCAUUGAGUACUAUAACCUCCUGGGCUUGAGCCUGAUCAACAAGUUGGACUUCCCCGACAACAAGUUUUGUUUGUAUUUCCUAGCCUAUGAUGGCCCUCAUUCUGCCUCUAAAGAUGCCCACUGGACCGACCGCGAAGGUGUCAUUGAACUCACCCACAAUUACGGCUCCGAGUCGGACCCCGAAUUCACCAUCAACAACGGCAACAAAGAACCGCACAAAGGCUUCGGUCACAUCUGCAUCUCUGUCGACAAUAUCCAAGCUGCAUGCCAACGCAUUGAAGAUGCCGGGUACAAGUUUCAGAAGAAACUGACGGACGGGCGCAUGCGAAGCAUCGCAUUCGCGCUCGACCCUGAUGGAUAUUGGGUGGAGGUCAUCGGUCAAAAGCCGGUGGAGCAGACAGAAGAUGUCAAGACAACAGAGACGAGCACUUACAGGAUGAACCACAGCAUGAUCCGGGUCAAAGAUCCGCAGAAAUCAUUGAAAUUCUACCAGGAAGUCAUGGGCAUGUCGCUCAUGAGGACCUCCGAACAAAAGGCGGGCGGGUUCACUUUGUAUUUCCUGGGAUACCCGGGUGACUACGGGAUUCCCAAACCCGAGGACUCACCCAACGGCGUGAACCCACUCGCGGGCAAAGAAGGCCUGCUCGAAUUGACCUGGAACUAUGGAACAGAGAAGGAAGAAGGCAAAGUAUACCACAACGGCAAUGACCAGCCUCAGGGUUUCGGACACAUUGCCAUCAGCGUGGAUGACCUGGACAAGGCGUGUGCGUUUAUGGAGGAGAAGGGGGUCAACUGGAAGAAGCGGCUCACGGACGGCAGGAUGAAGAACGUGGCCUUUGUGUUGGAUCCGGAUGACUACUGGGUUGAGAUUAUCCAGAAUGAGCGGCUCAAGAAGUCGUCAGAUUGGUGA